AUGUACGAUUCCUACGUUUUCGAAGAAGAUAAGCUCGGCAUGCUAGUGACGAGCGGGUCUGUGACCCUUAAAAAGGACCCCCAAAAUUUGGUAGGAAUUAGCAUUGGUGGGGGCGCUCCAUACUGUCCUUGCCUCUACGUGGUCCAAGUGUUUGACAACACUCCUGCGUCGCGCGACGGCACCAUUCAGGCCGGUGACGAAAUAACCGGUGUUGGUGGUGUCCGUGUCAAGGGCAAAGGCAAGGUUGAAGUGGCCCGUCUAAUCCAGAGCUUUUCGGAUUCCGUGACUAUCUACUUCAACAAACUUCAUGCCGAUCCUAAACAGGGCAAAACUUUGGACAUUGUUCUGAAGAAGUUGAAGCACAAGAUGGUUGAAAAUAUGGAGGCGAGCACGGCAGAUGCGCUUGGUUUGAGCCGGGCGAUUCUCGUUAACGAUAGCCUUUUAAAGAAAAUGGAUGAGAUGAACAGGACGGCGUCGAUGUUCAGUGACCUCGUGCAACACACACGCUCUCUCAUCAGGGCCAUCUUCCAGUUGUCGAAGAUUCACCGAACCUUCGGCAACAUCAUGUCUCAGAUCGGCGUAAAAGAGCCCCAGGUACGUGCCGGCCAGGCUUUUACUCAGUUCGGCGAGGCGCACAGGGAGAUGGAGAAAUUCGCUGUCGACGCACUCAAACAACUACAGCCGAUAGUCUCCGACUUGAACACAUUCCUCACCAAGGCCAUUCCCGACACGAAGUUGACUGUGAAACGCUACUUGGAUGUGAAAUUCGAGUAUCUGUCGUACUGUCUGAAGGUGAAGGAGAUGGAUGACGAGGAGUACACAUUCAAUGCCCUGCAGGAGCCCCUUUACCGCGUCGAGACGGGUAAUUACGAGUACCGCCUUGUGCUCCGCUGUCGCCAAGACGCCAGGACGCGGUUCGCCAAACUCCGCAAUGAUGUCCUUGUUAAACUCGAGCUCCUUGAUAAUAAACACGUGCAAGAUACAGUGAUACAGCUUCAGCGCUUUGUCUCGGCAAUGGCCUCCUACCACGAGAACUGCUACGAGGUCAUGAAGGGUGCGACGAUUUUCCCGCUGGAAAUGGACCUCUCUCGGGACGCCUUCGCUUACAAGUCCGAGCUCAUCAACACCGGCGAGACAGACGAUGAGGAGGAGGAGGAGGACGAUGUGGAGCCCCUCGACGGUGGUCGCCUUGAUGAAACGGGCCUCGCCAAAGACGUGGACACACUUCUGGACCUCGGAGACACGCCAGACGAGAAACCGGCCACACCGCCGUCCCAGCCGCAAAGGGACGUUUUCGAUUUGAUAUCUAUUGAUUAG